AGAGGCACAUAAUGCGCUCAGGAAGUGAAGCAAAAUAUUAGUUUAGCUAACAUGUUUUCUCUCUGAGUUGUGGAUGUGGCAACAGUGGCGAGGCUCUGGGAGUAAACAAACACGGAACAACCAUCACCAAUUACUCUGUAAACCCCGUAAAGAUGAGGCCAACCUGAUAAUUAGUUGACUAAAGUGGUAUUAUUCAGUUGAUUGUGUGAAAAUAAGUUGAGGAGAGAGUAGUGAGAGAUGCCUGUGUGAGGCGGUGGGCCAGGACCAGUGGACUCUUUCACCAGAUUACUGUUUUGCUGUUCCAGCACUACUUCCAGCAGCUUAAAGGAUGGUUGACAGCGAUGAUGAAGAAACCACUGAAGGAACUGGAGCUACAAGCCACACACUUUCCUUAACAAGCUUUCUUUUUGGGAAUAUUGAUACACAGGGCCAAUUGGAAGGUGAUGUAUUUGACGGCGAGUGUAAACGACAGUUGGCAUCCCUGUCACGUCUGGGUUUGGGUUCGCUACUCAGGCAAGUUACAGAUGAUGGUGAAGAUGAUGAUGAUGAUGACGAUGAUGAAGAUGACCGUGAAGAAGAGGAAGAAGAAGUGCUAGAGAAAAGCCCAUCAGCAAUAGAUUACUCAGACAUAACCGAAGCUGUGGAGGAUGACACCCUUGCUCAGUGUGAAGAUGAUGGAGAAGAUUAUGAUGCAGAGGAAGAGGAGAAUGGCAUCAAUAAAUCUGACUCGGAACUUAUGCCGCCUCCUCCCCUUCCUCGAACUUCUGAAGCGGGUGCUCUCACGCCACCUGGUGACCGCCGUAAACUUGUAACACCCUUAGCUGCCAUGCUGCCCUCCAAGUAUACUAAUAUUGAUGUCAGGGAAAUCUUCCCAGAUUUUCGAAAUGAUGCAGUUUUACGAUUUUCAAGACUCUUCGGCCCUGGAAAGAUGGCAAAUUUACCUAAAAUAUGGAAGGGUGUAAGAAGAAGGAAGAAGAAAAAAUUUUCAUCUGGAUCAGAUGAAAAUCGGAUGUACUCUUCUAAUGACGAUAGUUUACAGAGUGAAGAAAUAUCUUCACAGAUGGAUGGACCUCGUGGGUUUGAACUGCAGUUUGGACCAGAACCACCACCAUAUAUGUGUCGGCCUGAUGAUUGCAUUCGAUUCAGUCAAACUCAGGAACAGGAUUCCAGUUCAGGUAACCACAAAGGUGAUGGGGAUAAAAACAACGAUCGUGAUCCCAAUAAGCCUCAUGAAACUGAUUGGCGAUAUGGUCCAGCUCAGCUGUGGUAUGACAUGCUUGAUGUACCACUCUCUGCCGGCAACUUCGAUUAUGGCUUCAAAAUAAGAGUUAAGGAUGAGCACGGUUCAUCUGAGAAAUCCGACAUAAAAAUAGAAGACAUGGAGGUUUUUGAUGCGGCCAUAAAAGAGGAAAAGACCGGCUAUGAUGCAGAUGGCGAAGAGGAGUUUCCUGACGAUUCAUUCCACAUGGUUACACAGUACAACUGGGAGGAGGAUAUUAUCUGGAAUGGUGAUGAUAUUAAGCACAAGCUCAAUCAAAAACGUAAGAAUAUGGCAGCAGGCUGGGUGCCAAGUAGUUAUAAUCGCACUGCCCAAGCUUUCAGUCAGCCAACCAAAGCUGCUACACCAUUUGCAUCUGCAAAAAGUGCAAAGUCUAAAAGCCAAAUGCCAAAAAACAACAUUGAUGACACUUGGUAUUCCAUUUUCCCUGUUGAAAAUGAAGAGUUGGUGUAUGGUCGGUGGGAGGACAAUAUCAUCUGGGACCCAGAGAAUAUGGAUAACAUUCCUGAACCUACAGUGUUGACCCUUGACCCUAAUGAUGAGAAUAUCAUACUUGGCAUACCUGAAGAUGUUGAUCCAGCAACUAUAGCCCAAGGUACUGAUGCUCCAGUGAAGGUCAAAAUACCUCAUCCUCAUGUAAAGAAGUCUAAGAUUCUCUUGGGAAAAGCUGGUGUUAUUACCACCAUUGAGGAAGAAUCUCCUCCUCCUCCACCUAAAUCUCCAGACAAAGACCCAUUCAACAUUUCUAAUGAUGAAUACUAUCAGCCUAAAUCAUCUGAACAAACUAUUAAGAUGUCCAUGGGUGGAGGUCUUCUUCAGCAUUCCACUCCGGUUGUUGAACUUCAACCACCUUUUCUACCCACGUAUAUGGGAGAGAAGAAGCUGCGUUUGUUCCACCGCCCUCCUCUAAAGCGGUAUUCCCAUGGUGCUCUGUCACAUAUGGCCCCUCAUCCUGUGUAUCCACUAACUAAGGAAAUAAAGAAGAAAGCAAAGCAAAGAGAAAUGGAGCGCUUGGCAUCUGGCGGGGGUGAUGUUUUCUUCAUGAGAACUCCUGAAGAUCUUACUGGCAAGGAUGGUGACAUUGUUCUUUUAGAGUACUGUGAAGAGUAUCCUCCACUUCUAUCCCAGGUUGGUAUGUCAACAAGAGUGAAGAACUACUACAAACGACGAGCAGGAAAUGAUAAGGGACCCCCAGAAUUCCGCUUUGGUGAGACAGCUUAUGCACACACUUCUCCUUUCCUUGGGGCUAUGCAUCCAGGCCAGAGCAUUCAGACCUUGGAGAACAAUAUGUUCAGAGCACCUCUGUAUGAACACAAGAUCAUUUCCACAGACUUUCUGAUUAUAAGAACACGAAAUAACUUUUGCAUUCGUGAGCUAGACGGCGUAUUCACUGUUGGUCAAGAAUGUCCACUCUAUGAAGUCCCCGGGCCAAACUCCAAGAGAGCUAACAACUUCAUUAGGGACUUUUUGCAGGUAUUUAUCUAUCGCUUGUUUUGGAAAAGUAAAGACAAUCCACGAAGAAUAAAAAUGGAUGAAAUUAAACGAGCUUUUCCAGCCCAUUCAGAAAGCUCAAUUCGUAAAAGACUCAAACCGUGUGCAGACUUUAAGCGUACAGGUGCUGACAGUAAUUGGUGGGUAAUCAAACCAGAGUUUCGUUUGCCAACCGAGGAGGAAAUCCGAUCUAUGGUGUCGCCAGAACAGUGCUGUACCUACUUCAGUAUGUCUGCAGCUGAGCAGCGCCUCAAGGAUGCUGGAUAUGGUGAUAAAUUCCUUUCUGCUUUGGAAGAUGAUGAUAAUGAUGAUACACAAAAGCUAGAUGAUGAAAUAAAGGUUGCUCCAUGGCAUACUACACGUGCCUAUAUCCAGGCUGUCCGUGGGAAAUGUCUUUUGCAACUAACUGGCCCUGCUGAUCCAACAGGCUGUGGUGAAGGAUUUUCUUACAUUCGAAUCCCCAACAAGCCAACACAAAAUAAAGAGGAGCAGGAGCAGCAACCCAAGCGCACUGUCACAGGAACUGAUGCUGAUCUUCGAAGACUUUCUCUCAUUAAUGCAAAGAACCUUCUACGGCAGUAUGGGGUUCCAGAAGACGAGAUUGCUAAACUAACAAGAUGGGAAGUAAUUGAUGUAGUGCGAACCUUGUCAACUGAGAAAGCCAAGGCUGGUGAAGAAGGAAUGAACAAGUUUUCUCGAGGGAACCGUUUCUCUAUUGCUGAGCACCAGGAAAGAUACAAAGAAGAAUGUCAGCGUAUAUUUGAUCUUCAGAAUAGAGUUCUAGCAUCUGAAGAAGUCUUGUCUACUGAUGAAGGUUCAUCAGAGGAAGAGGAUAAUGACUCCGAUAUGGAAGAAAAAGGAAAAUAUAUUGAAAACAUCCUUGCUAAUAAGAAGACUACUUCACAGAUGACAUUGGAAAAGGAAGAACAAGAGAGAAAAGAACUACAAAAGAUGAUUAUGGGUGAAGAUGAUAAAGAUGGUGAUAAGAGAAAAGGAACUAAGAAAGAUGAAGAUGAGAAUUCGCAAUUUGGAUUUGGAACUCCAGGUCGCCUUUUGAGAAUCACUCGUACAUUCAAGACUCCAGAUGGAAAGGAGUACACCAGAACUGAAAUUGUCCGAAAAACUGCUGUGAUUGACACUUAUGUCAAGAUACGAACUUCAAAAGAUGAAUCAUUCAUAAAAAGCUUUGCUGGUCAACUUGAUGAAUCUCAAAAGGAAGAGAUGAAGCGAGAGCGUCGUCGUCUCCAGGAACAGCUGAGAAGAAUUAAACGAAACCAAGAGCGCCAACAAAAGGGCAUUGUUACACCACCAAAGACUAAGAAGCCUAAGCUUAAACCUGAUUUGAAACUAAAGUGUGGUGCUUGUGGACAGGUUGGUCAUAUGCGCACAAACAAGGCGUGUCCAAUGUACGCUGGCAAUGCCAGCGCCUCACAGCCAAUCAGUGUGGCUUUGACGGAGGAGCAAGAGGAGGAGAUGGAGAAGGGUGGAAUUGAUGAGUCUGAGGAACUAAUAAAUGUCGAUGGCACUAAAAUCAAACUGUCUUCCAAAGUUAUCAAACAUGCAGAAGAGCUAAAACGACGAUCCCUGGUACUCAAAGUACCAAGAGAUCAGGUAAAAAAUGCAAAACGAAGGCGGGCAGGUACUGUAGUACACUGUGACUAUUUGAAAAGAAAAGAAAGAUGUGUAAAUCGUCGUCGAAUAGACCCUGUUAUUACCCUUUCAACCAUAUUUGAGGAAAUCUUGAAUGACAUGCGGGAAAUGUCAGAUGCUCAGCCUUUCCUCUUCCCAGUGAACGUUAAGCAAGUACCUGAUUAUUAUAACAUUGUAAAUCAUCCAAUGGAUUUAUCAACCAUUCGGGAUAAUCUACGUCAGAAGAAGUAUCAGAGCCGUGAAGAAUUCCUGUCUGACAUUUCACAGAUAGUGGAAAACUCCAGACUUUAUAAUGGUGUUAAGAGCACUCUCACGGUAACAGCACAGAAGAUGCUGGAAUUGUGCAUUGAUCGCUUUGCUGAGAAGGAGGAACGUCUUAUGAGACUGGAGAAGGCCAUCAACCCACUCUUGGAUGAUGAUGACCAGGUUGCCUUUGACUAUAUUUUGGACAACAUUGUGAAUCAGAAGCUUUUCUCAAUGCAGGAAUCAUGGCCUUUCAUGAAGCCUGUCAAUAAAAAAAAUGUCAAAGAUUAUUAUGAAAUAAUUCAGCAUCCUAUGGAUCUUUCAACUAUUGCUAAAAAAGUUAAAAAUCACAAGUAUCACAGUCGAGCAGAAUUUAUGCACGACAUGGAGCUGAUUAUGACUAAUAGUAUCAGAUAUAAUGGACAAGACUCAUCUUUCUCACAGAAGGCUGAGAUACUGAUUCAAGUUUGCAGGGAAAAUCUGGCUGAGUAUGAAACUCAUCUCGAUGCCUUGGAGAAGAAGAUAACUUUAGCUCAGGAACGAGCAUUAGAGCAAGCUGAGACAGAUUCCCUUGGCACAUCUCUUGGGCCAGAUGAUGAUACUAAUUACACCUAUGCUGAGCCAGAACAUGACCAUCCUGAUCAUCAUUUGGGCUCGCCAUCUGAUCAUCUUAUGGACUAUUCAGGAGAUGAAGAUGAUGAACAUGUUAAUGUAGUUGAUGGUGAUGAGGAGGAGAUGAUGCAGGCAGCCAAGAGACGCAGAAUGCAGGAAUCUCAAAGGAAUGUGUUAGAAGAAGAUCUUGAAUUCAGUGACGAUGAAGAAGAUUUUGGAAAUCACCAAGUGGGGGACAUGCAUAGAGAUAUGGAGGGUGGUAUUGUUCUUGAGGAUGGCCAGUAUGUUACCCACCAACAAGGUCCUGAUGAGACUCAAGGAGCAGCCGAGGCUAUGGUACAGCUUUCUGCACAAUAUCCGUAUUAUCAGCAUGGUGAAGGGAGUGAAGGAGACUAUAACCCUGAGGGUCUGGCUGGUGAAGGCAGCAUGGAGGUGGAUGCCAGUUAUGAUCCGUCAGUAGAGUUUCUCGGUGGCAUGAUGCCAUCGCAGCCUCAUGAUGAUGGUACUAUUAACAAUGACUUGGCAGUUUCUGACUCUGAUGAUGAGGCGGCCCAACAGGCAAGACAGCACGAUGAGCACCAUCAGCACCACCAGCAGCACCACCACCAGCAGCACCACCACCAGCAGCAGCACCACCAGCAGCAGCACCACCAGCAGCAGCACCACCAGCAGCAGCACCACCAGCAGCACCACCAACAGCACCACCACCAACAGCACCACCAGCAGCACCAGCACCAACAACAGCAGCAGCAACAGCAGGAGGAGGAAGACGACGGAGAUGCUUUAUGGUUCUAGAUGCUGCCUGAUUUUUGAUGUCAUUGUCCCUGGCACAUUUAUUUCAAUCAUUUAUUAAGUUUUUGUUGUUUUGCUGUUUAAAUCAUUAUCUCUUCUCAUUUUGUAUUUAUUAUACAGAUACAGUACAGUAUAUUUAUAAUAAGUUUGUUUAAGAAACAACAUUUAGAUUACAGUACAGUAAUGUAAUUUAGUAAAAACAUUAUUUUAUGACUAUUUCCCUACCCUAAGAGUAUGACCUGUUUUAUAAUCAUUUUAUUUCCUCCUCAAGGAAGGGAAGAUCUCAGAGAACAGAGGAUUAGUACUAAAAGCAUCUAUAACUAUCUCUGGGACAGUAUAGGUGAGGAUGUCGUUACAGUACAGUAUUACUCUUAAUUGCCACUUUCAUGGGGAGGGGUGAUAGGGGCCAUCAGCCUGGAGGAGCAGCACUGUAAACAAAAGGUGGUUACAUGUAUUACAAAAUAUGAAUAGCCAUUUUAAAAUUUGUGCAUGUAUGGAAAUGCUU